GCUUGCAAACUUCUGUGUUGACAAAUAUUUUGAUAAUUUUCUAUUUAGCUAGUUAACGUUAUAUUACCUACUUUGGGAUGGAGUUUUGAUAUGGCUUCUUUACUAAAUGCUGACCCGGCGUUGAGGGAAUAUAUACUGAAGCAUUCCUUGCCCCAGAUAUUUCAGGCAUUAUUAACAGGUUUAUGUGUGUCGUGUCCUGAAAGUCCAUUACAUUUUCUGGAAAGGAAGAUUGUGUCUAUUCAGGAAAACCGGGACACUGCUGAGAUUGAUUGUUUCUCUCCCGUUUGUUUGAGAAGGCCUACUCCUGUUACAGAAUACGUUUAACAAAUAUGUGCUUCAAGGCGUGGAAAAGGUUCAUCUGGAAUAAGCGGAAGGAGGCCAGGGAGUUGACGCUGAAGAUGGAGACAGCUGAGAGGCACUACAUACAGAGGGGCCUGAGGGUCGCACUCUGCAAGUGGGUGGAGUGGGUACAGGUCUGCAAGAGAAGGCAGAACGAUGCCAUGAAGAAGAUCCAGCGCGUAUGGAAUGCUAUCCACUGUAAGAUUGUCAUAGGUGCUUGGCGCUAUGUGGUGCAGGACUCAAAACGGACAAAGGAGCACUUUGAGAGACUGGAGAAUGGUCUGUUGGAGAUGAGCAGUAAGGACUCUGAUGUUGCCAUUGGAGAGGGACAUGACGGACUCUCACUGCUACCUUGCAAGCUCUCAAUAAAGGUCUUCCAGAGUCUAGACGUAGGAGACCUGCUGAAAUGUGCAGAAGUGUGUCAGACCUGGAAGGCCAUCGCUCAGACCUGCUCACUGUGGAGUCGGAUCAGUUUCUCUGUGGAGAGGGACUGGAUCACAGACCGCAUCGUGGAACAGAUCCUACAGAAGUACCGGCCGUUUGUAGUUCACCUUAACAUGCGUGGCUGCACCUCUCUACAGUGGCCCAGCUUCAAAUGUAUCAGUGAAUGCAGAAACCUACAGGAGCUGAACCUGUCAGAGUGUUUCAACAUUAAAGAUGAGAUGGUGUGUAUGAUUCUAGAAGGCUGCCCCACUCUGCUCUACCUGAACCUGUCCUUCUCAUAUGUGGCCAACGGGACUCUCAGAGAGCUCUCCAGGAGCUGUCUGAACCUGCAGUUCCUGAGUCUAGCAUGCUGCCGUAGGUUCACUGAUAAAGGCUUACAGUACCUGGCCUCAGGGAAGGGCUGCCACAAGCUCAUCCACCUUGACCUCUCUGGCUGCACUCAGAUCUCAGUGGAAGGUUUCAGGUACAUAGCAGCGGGCUGCCCUCAGCUCCAGCAGAUAGUCUUCAAUGACCUGCCUACUCUGUCAGACAGCUGUGUGCUGGAGCUGGCCUCUAAGUGUCACUCUCUGUCUGCCAUCUCCCUAUGGGACACGCCCCAUCUCUCAGACUCCGCCUUCAAAGCCAUCGCUGAGGUGGCCAACCUCACCAAGUUCAGUGUUGAUGGUAACAGUCGUAUGUCAGACAUCAGUUGGAGGGCUCUGUGUCGUAGCUCUCCAGGCCUUACGAGACUCCAUGCUGCUGACUGCCCUAGAAUGACUGACUCCAGCCUAAAGUCUAUGGGCACCCUCAAAAACCUGGUCUACCUCAACAUCUCACACUGCAGCAGGGUGAGUGACAUGGGGCUGCGCUACCUGACUGAGGGGCCUUCUGCCUCUAAACUGAGGGAGCUGAAUCUGAGCAACUGCAGCCGCAUCAACAACUUAGCUAUCAUGAGGGUGGCUCAAAAGUGCAGUAAGCUGAACCACCUGAGUGUGUCUUACUGUGAUAACCUGUCUAAUUCUGGUCUGGAGUGGCUCAGUAGCUGUUCCGCUCUCCUCUCUCUGGACAUCAGUGGCUGCAACAUCAUGGACCAGGGGCUGAUUGCUCUAGGUGGGAACCCUGGCCUGAAGAAGCUGGUUGCCUCUGAGUGUUUAUGGAUCACUGACAUUGGCAUAGAGAAGUUCUGCAGGCAGGCGAGAGGUCUGGAGUAUAUGGACGUGUCUCACUGUGUAGCUCUAUCUGACCAGGCCAUCAAGGCUCUGUCCUUCUACUGCAGGACUAUAGUCACAUUACGCAUGCCUGGCUGCCCAAAGGUAUUCACACACACACAAACAAACAAUAUUACCAAAAUAUCUUGCCUAUUGUCUAUGCACUUCCUCUAUCAGAUGACAGACCUGGCGGUACAGUACCUGACAGUAGGGUGUCACUUCCUGAGAGAGCUGGACGUGAGUGGCUGUGUUCUGCUGACCGAUUGCACACCACGCUUCCUACAGACAGGCUUCCCACAGCUCAACACCAUCAACAUGGUCUACUGCAGGGGAAUAUCCAAGCAGGCGGCUCUGAGGCUCCAGCCCUGUGUUGAGAAGUGGGAGCACAGUAACGAUGAUGCCCCCUACUGGUUUGGCUAUGACAGUCUUGGCCAGCUGCUACAGCCAAUCGGACGACCCGACAAGAUCCAGGACACCUGGGAGGAAGAGGAGCCAACACCAAGAAACAACAAAAAGAGGAAUUUGAUAAAGGCCUGUGGAGAGGACUACGAAUACACAGCAUGAAUACACACACAGUCCAUGCAGACAAACAAACAAACGCACAAUGACUUAGUUUAUACAGUACACACACACCACCUCACAAUCUAAGGUAAAUCAAAUCCCUAACACAUACACUGCACCUUACAUUAACUCUAGCUCAGAUAUCAAGCAACAGAAAGGAAUGGCCAAAGAUGAAUAACCAGAAAAAUAUAUAUUUUGUAUCUGAGAAAUAAUGCAGU